GAGACGAACUGGGCUACUUUGGACUAUCUCUUCUUACUUUGUCCGCCAUCAACAAACUAUACAACCAUUUCGGAUACGGCACUUUGGCCCCUCCGUGUUGAACUAGACGGGAUAAAGUGGACUAUCACGACUCCCUGGCUUUAAUUGGCGGCUAUCGGGGGGGACGUUUGGAUGUUCGCUUUAAUACCAACCGAACCGCAACGUUUGAAGCGUCCCAUGCGGUAGACGGUGACCGGCAGCAUCACCCUCCCUUACCGCUUGGAUAAGGGCUCCGUCUAUCGCUUGGGUUGGAGAAAGUAUGACCGCGCUGGCCGGGUCUAUCCCCAGAAUGAUGCGACCCACGCUGGCCCAAAACUACCCGCGCGGCGGCUUCCCCCUGGAAGUGUCAACGCCGCUGGGUCAAGGCCGAGUGAACCAGCUCGGCGGGGUGUUCAUAAAUGGCCGGCCUUUGCCUAACCACAUAAGGCAUAAAAUCGUGGAGAUGGCCCACCACGGGAUCCGGCCGUGCGUCAUCUCCAGACAGCUCCGGGUGUCCCACGGCUGCGUGUCCAAAAUCCUGUGCCGAUACCAGGAGACGGGCUCCAUCCGACCGGGGGCCAUUGGGGGCAGCAAACCCAAGCAGGUGACCACGCCGGAUGUGGACCGGAGAAUUGAAGACUACAAGCGGGAAACCCCAGUCACCUCCAUCAGUCGCGUCAUUAGGAGUAAGUUUGGGGGUAAAGUGGAUGUAGAAGAAGAGGAUGAUGAGGAUGAUGGGGAGAAGAACGGGAUGGAGGACAGUGACCGCAGGGCCAAACACAGCAUUGAAGGCAUCUUGGGCGACAGAUCAAGUCACUCAGAUGAGGGUUCAGACGUGGAGUCAGAGCCUGACCUUCCAUUAAAAAGGAAACAGCGGCGCAGUCGGACCACGUUCACAGCAGAGCAGCUGGAGGAGCUGGAACACGCUUUUGAGAGGACCCACUACCCUGACAUCUAUACCAGGGAGGAGCUUGCCCAAAGAGCUAAACUAACUGAGGCCAGGGUGCAAGUCUGGUUCAGCAACCGUCGAGCCAGGUGGCGGAAGCAAGCAGGAGCCAAUCAACUAAUGGCCUUUAAUCACCUGAUCCCAGGAGGUUUCCCACCAUCAGCCAUGUCCAGUAUUGCCCCUUACCAGCUUUCUGACAGCACCUACCCAUCUUCAUCUAUAGCACAAGUCGCUGACCCGCCCAGCACGCUACAUCGGCCACAGCCUCUUCCUCCCUCCUCAGGCCACCAAGUGUCAAAUGGUGGAGGUCAAAGCGAAGGAAGUUCUGCCUACUGCCUAGCCUCUGGGCGCCACUCCUUCUCAGGAUACUCAGAAAGCUUUGCGAGUCCAGGGGGCCCAGCCAAUCCCAUGAACCCAGCCAUUGGAAAUGGACUCUCUCCACAGGUGAUGGGUCUGUUGAACCCCGGUGGUGUUCCACAACAACCUCAAAGUGACUACGCCAUCUCACCCCUGACUGGGGGUCUUGAACCGCCUGCUGGCAUAGCCGCCAGCUGUAGCCAACGAAUGGAUCAUAUCAAAGGUCUUGAAGGUCUGACCAGCGUCCCCUCCAUGUCAGCUCUGCCUUCCCUGCCCAGUUCCCAGUCCUACUGCCAUGCCUCCUACAGCUCCCAGGCCUACACAGUCGACCACAUGGCUUCUUACCAGUACGGCCAGUACGGACAAAGUGCCUUUCCUUAUCUAAGACCCGAGAUCGCCUAAACACAAGCCGACUCAUCGAUGGGACCAAAGCCAAUUAGGACAUUGCAAUGACCGCGUCUUGUGGAGGACACAUAAGAAGGGACCGCAGGACGAAUAUCAGACCAAAAUCUGUGGACGUUUUUGUCACGUCAGAACGAUGAUAGAGAGCACAGAUACCAGCGCUUAUCACUUCCUGAAGGCCUCAAGCCCACUCCUUUUUUUUUUUUGAAGACGGCCAACCUCAAUCCUAAGCACAAGAAGAGGACAUACUUGAUGAAAUUCCAUGUAGCGCCAAAUUCAUCGUUUCUGCCCAGAGGGAAACGGAAAAAGGACAUUGCUGAUUUUAUCUUCAUGCCAUUUUAUUCGAGGACCCACAGAUGGAGAGAAAUUCUAGAGGCAAAGAAAGCAAAGACGGGGAAAAUAAGUACGCGGGUUAUAUUAUAUUGUAAACGCAAGCCCCCCCUUUCCUCUUCCGUCUUCCUCCCUGUCUCUCAUUGACGUUUUGGUCGGCGAGGCACGGCCUCUCGGCCUUUUGUAGUCGCGCACGAGGUCAGGGGGUGACGUGAGGGAAAGUGACAGAUGAGAGAGCGGCGGAGGAGGAGAAGGGUCUUUUAAAAUAAAGAGAGGCUUGAUGGGCAAGAUCGAUCACAGGCCGAAGCCCCUUUUAAAGAUCUUCCUCUUCCCACAAAAAGCCGGCAGGUCACGAGUCACCACCACGAGACACUUGAGCGGGCGAAGGAGCAACGGCGUUUGGAUGAAUUCUCACAGCUGAGCGGGCGUGCAAUAACAUCCACGGUGUUGCGGAAGAAACACUUUUCAUUGGACGUUGCGCCUAAAAUGAACACCGGCCUAUAUUCAACAACAGUCUGCUAAGAUGGAAUUUUAAUAAUUUUCUCAAAAAUCAUAACACUUAUGACUUUUGAGCACAUUCCUUUUUUGUGUGAAAUUAUACUAUCAUUAUUGUCAGCCGUUCAAUUUCUUUUUUUUUUUUUAGGGGGGGUUUUACAGUGGAACCCGUUUAUGUCAACAACCUGUCCACUAUAUUUUUAUCUUUAUUCAAAAUGUGUUAAGUCCACAUCAGCCAAUUGGAUUGUUUCUAUGAAAAAAGGGUCUUUUUUAACCUUUUUAACCCAUAUAACCCAUGUAAACAAAAUUGUCACGCCCAUGGGUAUGUUUCGUUUUGGUCAUGUUCGGUUUGGUUUUUUGGACAUUCAGUUUUUGUUCCUGCACUUCCUUGUUUUUCUUAUUUCCAUAGCAACUCAUUAGUUUCCACCUUGUCUUCACGCCCCUGUCCUCAGUUCUCACACCUGUUAAUAAUUAUCAUAGCUAUUAUUUAAGCCACAGUUACCAGGUAGUCAGCCUGGCAACUUCAUUAUCCCUCAACUCCUUUCAUGCCAUGCCUAGUUUCCCUCCCGCUUAUGCCACUUAAGUUUUGGAUUUUUGUUAUGUCACGACUUGGACUGUGACUUGGAUUGUUUCUCCGACGCAAACGAAAAUUGGCACAAGCCAGGCGAGAAUGUAAGUACAUUUUUAUUUAUUAAACACUAUAACUAACAAAAAGGCAAAUAAAUGGCGCGCACAAUGGCGGAGAACGAACUUGACUACUGAAAACAAAUGACUAGCACAAAGGCAUGACUAUGAAACAAACAAACAAAACUCAACAACUGUGACAUAACAAAAAUCCAAAACUUACAUGGCAUGAGCGGGAGGGAAACUAGGCAUGGCAUGGCAUGAAAGGAGUUGAGGGAUAAUGAAGUUGCCAGGCUGACUACCUGGUAACUGUGGCUUAAGUAAUAGCUAUGAUAAUUGUUAACAGGUGUGAGAACUGAGGACAGGGGUGUGAAGACAAGGUGGAAACUAAUGAGUUGCUAUGGAAAUAAGAAAAACAAGGAAGUGCAGGAACAAGAACUGAAUGUCCAAAAAACCAAACCGAACAUGACCAAAACGAAACAUACCCAUGGGCGUGACAAUUUUGUUUACAUGGGAGUCCUUCAACACACAUUCACACACCGGCUGGCUGCAAGGUGGGUGAAGUGUCUUGCCCAAGGACACAACGGCAGUGACUAAGAUGGCGGAAGCUGGAUUUGUACCAGAAACCCUCAAGUUUCUGGACGGCCACUCUGCCAUCUGAGCUGAGUGAAGGACAACAGCAACAUGGCUACUGUGUAGUUGCCCAUCAAUAAAACAGUGACUUACUGUUCAGUGCAAAAUAAGCUUCAAAAUAAAAGCAUGGCAGUUUUAACUUGGAUUUUAACUUUUUUUUUUUUUUACACUUUUAGAAAAGAUUUGUGCAUGUAUUCGGUGGAACAGGGGUUAUUGCAUGUGCCUCACAAUACAAAUGGUCCUGAGUUCAAUCCCGGGCUCGGGAGUCUUUCUGUGUGGAGUUUUCUUGCUUCCUCCCACCUCAAAAAACAUGCACCUGGGGAUAAGUUGAUUGGCAACACUAAAUUGGCCCUAGUGUGUGAAUGUGAGUGUGAAUGUUGUCUAUCUAUCUGUGUUGGCCCUGCGAUGAGGUGGCGACUUGUCCAGGGUGUACACCGCCUUCCGCCUGUGUGCAGCCGAGAUAGGCUCCAGCACCCCCCUGUUACCCUGAAAGGGACAAGCGGUAGACAAAUGGAUGGAUGGAUGGAUGUGCAUGUAUUAUCAUUGUAUACGAGUAUACAAUGAAAUGACUGCAGCAUCUCAGUGAAAUAAGAGUAUAAAAUAUCAUAUAAAAGCAAUAAAAUAUGCACAAAUGGUGGGAAAUUGUAAAAAAAACAACAACAACGGGGCUAAUUCUGGUUAUGUCAAUGGUAGUCCGACCAAAACGGGUUCCACUGUAAUUACGGAAACGUGACAAAUCGCACUAAGCCAGUGGAAACACGUCAGAUCCAUUCCCAACUUGUCACAAACAUUCCAAAAGCGGACGUUAGCCAUGAAAUAAGACAAAAACAAGCACUCUUUUAUUUUUUAUAAUGUUAGAAUGAUCCUUUUAGUCAUUUGAUACAUUUCUUCUUUUGGUAUUAUGAAAUGACACGACAUAAGGCCAUGUAUUGUACAAGCGCAUUAUUGUUACUAUUUAUAUUGAAAUAAAAAUUUG